CCUAAUGUCGACCGACGUGGAUAGACGAACAGCAAGUAGCACGACGUGCAAAUUAAUUCCGUGCAGAGUUAAACAGUCAAAUUUAUGGCUACUGAUCUGUUCUAUCGACUAUAUCGCAUUAACAUGUGACACAGAGGAAAAUGAUAACGGUUGAAGUCUGCGACCUGCAGCAAAAAUGAAUAUGUUCUAAACGCUUGCAGCAUCAUCUUUGAAUCAGCUGUCAUAAGCAGACGAUGCACAGUAUCUGAUGCCAUUUAUUGGAUUGUAAGGUCAUGGAAUUGACUGAAACUAGUGUACAGAUAAGAGAUUGUUCCAUUGACUUUAUUCCUGUUUACAUUAAACAAGAGAAUGAUGAACAUGAGACGGAUUUUAAUGAUAUUGAAAUAAUUAAUGCAGCACAAAAUUUUUGUUCUAUUGAAAUUAAAGAAAGCAAAGGAUGUGGUACAAUUAAUAACAAUGAAGAAUCAAAUAUAAACAACAAAAGCAGUAUACAAAAUACAAAUAAUUUAAAUAAUCCAAACUCAGCAUUAAAUAUUACACAACAAAAUGAAACCUGUAAUAUCAAUGGUAUUUUAAAUAGUUCAGUGUAUUUGCAAAAUUUGGAUUAUGAAAAUAUAAAUAUAGAAAUACAAAAACCAACGAAUCAAAUAGCUGAAGUUUUUAUUAAUCAAAAUGAACAAAUACAAACAACCAAUUAUAAUGUUUCAACAGUUACAAUACCAAGUGAACUAUUAGGACUAAAUCUUAAUAUAAAAAAGGAAAAUGAAUUAGAUCAAGAAACAGUUUAUAGUACAGAAUGGUUGUGCAAUGUAAAUAAUGAAACUGAUCUUCGAUUAAAAGUUUCAAAAAAUACCAAGGAUAGGAUUCAAGAAGUUCCUACUGACAUUGAUGAUACAAUAACAAUAUUGAACAAACACAAAGAUCAAACAUUAGAGAAUGUUAAUAAUAUAAGAACCAAGGAAAGUAAACCUGAAAGACCUAAAAGACAAUUGAAAAUAAGAUCAAACUCGUUACAAGAUUAUAAAGAAAAGUUACGAAGAAAGGCAGAGUGCAUGAGAGAGAAAAGGAAAAAAUUAUAUGAACAAGAAAGUGAAGAACAGCGGCAACAGAGAUUAGCAAAGGAGGCAGCGAAAAGACGAGAAAUGAGAAUGUAUUAUGAAACACCAGAGCAAAGAAGAAAAAGAUUAGAUGCAGAAGCUGCAAGGAAAAGAGAAUACAGGAUGUACAAUGAAACACCUGAAGACAGAAGAAAAAGGUUAGAUCGUGAAGCAGAAAGAAGAAGAAUGAAAAGGCUUUCGCUAUAUGCUAGUGAAACUCCUGAACAAAGAAGAGAGAGAUUAAAUAGAGAAUCAGCGAAGAGAAGAGAGGCUCGACUUAAUCAAUAUGCUAAAGAAACACAAGAAGAAAGAAAAGAAAGAUUAAAGAGAGAUGCUUUGAGAGUUAGAGAAAUGAGAUUUACUAGAUCUGCUAUUGAAACAGAAGAGGAGCGCAAACAAAGGUUAGUAAAAGAUGCUCUUCGAAAAAGGGAGGUAAGAAUGCAUGGACGUCAUUCGGUGAAUAAUAAUUUCACUGAACUUCAAACGGUUCGCAAUUUUGAAGAAUUAAACAAUGUGCAGAUAAAGGAGAAUCCUGAUAAUAAAUUGGGAGGUCAUUACUUGAGUAACUGGAUGAUGUGGUUCCAAAAUUCAUUAGUCCAACCUGUUCAUGUUGAAGAACAAAUCAUCAAAUCUCAAUCAGAAAGUAAUGGAUAAAAAAUUUGUAUAAUAAAUUUUUACUACUGUAUAUAUUCUCUUUAAACAUCUAUACAUGAAACAUAAAUCUCAAUCAUGUAAGAUGAUUUGUACAUAUUAUUUAUACAAUAUUUAUGCUUGAAAUAUAAUAGCAAAAUAUAACAUAUUCUAUGGCUGCAUCAACAUAAUAUUUAGAAUAUACAACAUAUAUAAAUAAUGGUUCUUAUAUACUGUAUAAUUUUAUUUUUAAUAUUUAUAUACUUUACAAUCAAGUACGAUUAUGUUAUCAUAUAUUGUUAAGAAUGUAAAAACUUGUUAUUUACUAUAUUUAUUAAUGUAAGAUAAAAUUCAAUGACUAAUGAAUACUAUAAACAUUUGAAACGUUUGAAACGUUUAAUAUCAUUAAACUUUGUAUCGUAAAAAUUACAAAGUAUAUUCAAAAGUUUUACUAUUUCAAGAGAUGUACAAAAUAUGAUAAAAUUAUUGCAUUGUUAUUCUAUUAUUUAAUAUAAAUAACAAAAAAGAAUUUAUUAAUGUAUUAAAAUUGUAAAGAAUUAGAAUGAUACAUUUGUGUGAGAUAAAAGAAAUACAUACUUCUUAACAGUGCCUUUUUGUUCACUGUUCUACAAAAGCAAUUUCUAAUGUGAUUCAAACAAUUUAUACAUAUGUAUAUAUCAUUUAAUUAUGAAUGAAUGAUUCUGACGAAAAUAUGACUACUUCUUAAACUAUACAUACAUUGUCAUGCGACUUUCCUACAAGUUCCUUUAUAUGGAAUAAAAUAAGAUAAUAUCGUUAUCAUAAAAUUUUGUUUCAUUAAUAAUCUUAUUUUCCUUUUCUAAUUUUCUUCUCUGUCUCUUAUGUUUAAAAUUUAUUAUUAAUUAAUGGUUGACCCAGCCAAAUGGCUUCACCUAAAUAUCUGUCUUACUUAUUACUGUAUGAAAAAAGUUCUCAGGAUAAAGUUACACUAUUUCAAGGGUCACAAAUAACAACAGAAAUAGUUUUCUCUCAUGAUCAUUUUUUUUACAAGGUUUGAAAUCAAUCAGUAAUUCUUUAAAUAAAAACAUAUAUUUGUUUUUCGAUAUUCUUGCAGAGUAUAGAAAGACAAAUUUAACGACUUUCAUUAUCGUUCCCACCAUUUAAUCUUGAGAUAUUCGCAUCAAAAAUAGACAUGUGUAAUGUUUAAUUGUUCAAUAGACAAGUGGUAAAAUUAAAAAAUUCCAAUUUCUCGGAAUUUAUUAAUUUUUGCAUGUUCAAUUUAUAACCCAAGGAAUUAAUUAAUAUUACUCUUAUUGAAAUAUUCUUCCUACUUUCUUAGUUAUAAGCAAAUUUCAAAAAUCGUCCAAUCCAAGAACAACGAUACGCUAUAACCAUCUAGCAGUGAAAAGGUGGAACUAAUCUCUUUAUGAUGAAAUUAAAAAAUCAAAUUUCUCUGUCUAUAAGGCGAAUCCAUCACCUGUUCAGAAAUUAAAUUAAUGUUUUAAUUCUCAGAAAUCAUCUUUGUCUAAUAUUAUUCCGACUAUCUACAUAAUUAAUUAAUUACAUGUAAUUAGUGUAAAGUGCUCUAUUUGAACAUAUUUUUUGCAUCGUGACACCAUCUACCAGCGAGUUAGUAAUACUAACAAGACGUACAUUUUUUAACUAGCAGAUGGACCACGUAGUUUACGAUCCUUGGCUGUAUGUGAUGCCAUAAACGCCGUGGUCUAUGCCGACUACAUGAGCUUAUAACCUAUGUUAUAAACUGAAUAUUUUUAGAACAAUCAAAAUUAAAUUGAUAUUUUAAAAAAUAAGUUUGGAUUAUUCGAUAAACAUUUUAAUAUAAUAUCAUUGAUCGUAAAAUUUUUUAAAAUAAAUACUGUGCAUUUACUAUAUAAAAAAUAGAUAAGAAAAUAAGUGAAUAAAUAUUGACAUUUUUUCAUAGUUAAAUAAAUAAAAUUAAUAUAUAUUUGAUAUA